GUGUCACAAACCUCAAACACAUCAAGGUCAAUAAGGAGGGAAAUGCUACAUUCCAUCUAGAGAUGGACCUGAAAAAUCCUGAGAGCAGAAUUUACCUGUACAAGGAUGGCCAGCUGAUCAAUUAUGGAUUCAACAAUGACAAAGUAAAGCACUGUCUGAGGCAGGCUGGGAAAAAGUACAACUUCACCAUCAACCACCUGCAGCUGGAAGAUGCCGGUGUGUACCAGAUCAAAGUGGAAGAUGUGGAUGUCUUCUCAACUGAGUUAGAAGCUGACUGUAGGGACCUGCGCUUUAUAAACAUGCACUUUGUCAGGAUGUGAUAAGAACCCAUUGCAGAUGGGAAAUCUAAUCUGGGACUAAAUUUCAAACUCAGCAGUGGAAACCAAUAGCCACUGAAGUCUAUGCAGGCAAAGGCUCUUACUCUCUAAUAAUACACUUGUGACAAAGAGAGAAAGGGUAGGAAAGGUGGUCAUGUG